UUUCCUUCCAGGCAAGAUAACAUAUACUUUAUACUAGAGAUGAUAUAAUAGAGAUAACUCAAACAUUCCAACCUGACUUGUUUCUAAUAUAUCGCGUUAGUGUUGAUUUACAAAAGUUCGAAAACUUGAGUUUGGAUUUUUUUAAUUAACAUUUUUAAAAUAAUUAACAAAGAGAGAUUUCUCUGUUGUUUUAAUUCUCGUAAAAUUAAUAAAGUUUUCAUGCGAUUAAAGUGUUCCGUAACUUAAAUGAAGACCAUCGCCUUGUUAUAUAGUUCUACAUAAAUAUAUCUGUUAUACUGUUAAUAUUAGAAAUUCAAUCAAAAGUGUUCGUCUUCAAACUUCAACUAAAAACACGCACUAGUCACUUUGAAGUGCUUCAAAGUGCUUCAAAUACCUCUCAAACCUAUAUCGGAUUUGAUAUUUAUUUUGAUAUGUAUUUGUAAUUUUUUAAAUUUAGAAAUCGAUUUGUUAAGAGACUCUAACAUGAACAGCAGGUGACUUGCAGUACAAAUAAGAACAACAUGAGUUUUCACAUCGUAGACUACGUGAUAUUCGCCUUAGUUCUUGUGGUGUCUCUGAUCAUCGGCUUGUACCAUGCAUUCUCAGGCGGCAAGCAGAAGACUCCGAAAGAGUACUUGGUGGGCAAUCGAUCGAUGAGCACACUCCCUGUGGCACUGUCAAUGUUGGUUUCCUUCUUGAGUGGGAUCGUGGUGCUUGGCACUCCAGCUGAGAUAUACACGAAAGGGACGCAACUGUUCAUGAGGACCAUUGGAUAUACGUUGGCCUGCAUCAUAUCAUCUCUCUUCAUCGUCCCUCUGUUCUUCAACUUGAAAGUCACCAGCUCCUUUGAGUACCUGGAAGCUCGUUUCAAAUCGAAAGUCACAAAACUUCUGGGCACCGUCAGCUUUCUACUGGGAAAUAUCUUCUACAUGGGUCUCCUACUAUAUACGCCAUCAACUGCAAUGGUUGCAUCGACAGGUCUCAACUUGUAUAUCUCCAUCGUUGCCAUCGCAAUCAUAGGCACUGGUGGAUUGAGGGGCGUCGUGUGGGUAGAUGCUUUCCAGGCCGUCAUCAUGUUGGGUGGCAUGCUGUUCAUCGUCGUCCAGGGGAUAUUGUUGGUUGGUGGGUUCAAGGAGAUGUGGAGCAUCAAUGAAGCCGGAGGGAGAAUCAUUUUUUUCAAUUUCAACCCUGACCCAACCCAGCGACUUUCCUUUUGGUCGACCAUCAUCGGUGGCUGCUUUUCCACGCUGACAGUGUUUGGAGUGGGACAGAUCAGCGUGCAAAGGUACUGCUCCCUCCCCACACUGCCUAAAGCGCAACUAUCCGUGAUGUUGAACGUGCCACUAAUAAUAAGCAUGAAUGUCCUGACCUCUCUGGUCGGUCUCGUCGUGUUCGCUUACUACGCCAAUCUCGGUUGCGAUCCUGUCAGGAGCAAGCAAGUUCAAAACGUCAAUCAGUUGGUACCCUACUUCAUGGUCAACGUACUCAACUACCCUGGUCUUCCUGGUGCAUUCCUGGCUGUCCUCUUCAGUGGGGCUCUCAGCUCAAUAUCCAGCUCGUUGAACUCUUGUGCUGCAGUCACAUGGCAGGAUUUGGUAUCACACUUCUUCAAAAAUAAAACUGAACACAGGAAGGCUCUCAUCAUCAAAGUUCUAGUCGCAUUGUAUGGCUUGUGUGCACUGGGGAUAGCAUUUUUGGCUCAACUGGUAGGACAGCAUGUUCUGCAGGCUUCUCUAAGUUUUUCAGGGGCAACCAUGGGCCCCAGUCUUGGCAUGUUUUUGUUGGGGGGCAUCUUCCCGUUUGCCAAUGCAAAAGGUGCAAUAUCGGGAUGUGUCGUAGCUUCCAUCUUCUCAUUGUGGCUGAGCAUUGGAGCCUUCGUAACGAAGCCUCACAUGCAAACGCUACCCACUUCAAUCGAUCGUUGCUACGAAUACAACAUUUCCACGACAACCACCAUGAUGACAACAUCCAUCAUGACUGACUCUGUAACAACUUCGAAUCCAUUUUAUGAACAAGCAACAUCACCGGCGACACAUGGAGAAGUAGGAGGAGGAGGAGGACUGGAGAAGAUGUACGAGGUGUCGUUCCUGUGGUACAGCGCCAUCGGGUGCCUGCUCACCAUCAUCAUCGGAGUGGUCGUCAGUCUCAUCUUCAGUACGUACGCUGAGAUGUCCUUGUUAGGGUGAGUUGGUUGACGAUUAAAUAAAAAAUGUUAAUGCAUUGAAAUUUCAGGAACGGACAUGAAAGUAGAUGACAAAUUGUUCAUCAGUUUCAAAACUACUCAGUCACUUUGUUGCCCGUGUAAAAAUGAUACUGAUGAUGAAAAUCACUACAAAGACGCAGUUAGCGUGACAAAAUUUUAAUCAUUUCCAGGAAGUUCAUUGAAUCUCCUAAACACCAAUAACGGGAACACCAUCCACAAAUCGCCAGUUAAUAAUUUAAUUAAUUCCUUACAAUAAUAAAUGUCAUAUAUAAUUUACCGAAUUCGAACAUGAGAGCUCAGACAUCAAAAGAAUUUUUUAGGCAACAUUUUCCGCAUAAGCAAAAUGGGUCUUUGUCAUCACCUCAUUCUUGCCCUCUUUACGUGCUUACCAAUUGGACAUAAAUUUAACACCAAAAUUUAUUGUAAUGUCAACCUAUUGCUGUAUCAUUCAAACAUUUUAGUUCACUGUCGUGCCACGUCGGCGUUGUUUGCAAUAGUCGCACACUUUCAAUCAUAAUAUAUCGUUUUUUUUCUCGUGUUUAUAGAACUUGCCGAGAGUUUCCCAUUUCACUUAUACUCAAUACUAGUAUAAUAUACUUCACAUAAAAAUAUUUUUUCUAACUGUAUCUAUACUUUUAUUCUAAUUGCAUCUAAUUUCAAGAGAAAAUGUUUUGUUAAUAUUAUCAUUAAUUCUGUUGAUAAAUUUUCAGAGGUAGCAAACAACCGCACGAAACAAGUGAAUACGCGUAUAUGUACACGCAUUAGACACAUAUAAAUCAAUAGAAAAACUUGUAUAUCAAACUUUUAUCAAUUUAUUACUAGCAAUGAAAAAGUAUAUUUAUUAAUUAAUUUAUUAACUAAUUUAUGCGAUCAUAAUUAUCUACUAAAUUAAUUUACUAAAUAAAAUA